AUGACAGGAAUCAAUAUUGACGAGCUUUCUAGUCUCAAGCGCAAGCAACUCCAGUCUCUGUGCAAAAAAUACAGUAUCAGAGCGAACGGAAAGAGCGAAGAGCUAAUUAAACGUAUUGUAAAAUACAUUCGAGGCGGCGGUGGCAGCGACGGCAGUAUUGGUACUACUGGUGACAAGGACACAGUGACUGAAACACCAUCGGCGGACGAGGACAGCGCCAUUGGGCAAGAUAACAACAACAAUGAGGAGGAGGAGGAGGAGGAUGCAGAGGCGGAGGAGGAAUACGAGAGUGCUGACGAAGCCCUGAAGCAGGUCAAUUCCCAGAGCACGCUUGCUUCCGAGCCCCAGGGGACGGCCGACAAGUCUGACGAAGCCUCAGAGGCAGCUUCAGAACCUGCUUCAGAACCUGCUUUGGGUAUUGUUGACCGAGUGCAGGCCCCCACAGUGGCUGAGCAGGUUGUAGCCGAGCUGGAACUGCGGUCGUCUGCACUUACUGUGGAUGAGCGCAAGAAUAUCCUGGACCAGUUCACUGCUGAAAAUAAUAUCGUGCCUGUGACUCCCAGUAAAACACGUCAGAUUGCGGUUCCGAAGUCUGUUUCCUUUGACCGGGUGCACAGCAGGAUUUUUGAAAGCGAUGACUCGAUUGCCAACCAUUGGGCGGCAUCAAAGAAGGAGAAGGAUACAGUUUCUGCUGCGGCUACCGCUACGCCUAAGGGUAAGCGCGCCAAUGCGGAAGUUGAGACAUCUCAGUCGAAUAAGCGCUCGCGUUUUGAGUCCAUUUCUACGCCGACUGUUCGGACAGAAUCUCCUCGCCAGAAGCGUAGAGGUUCUAGCAAGAUUGAGCCUGUGUCGAGCAAGACUGCGCGGGAGGAUGUGACUGGGCCUAAGAAUGCGGAGGAUGACGGUUCGGCGGAGUCGGCAGCGGUGUUGACGGAGAAGGUCGUGGUUGCACCGAGUGCCCUGGUUGUUGAUCCGAAGAAGCCGGCUGAGUCUGUGAAGACCGUUAAGAUUAAGCCAACCACGAUCAAGGCCCAGACGAAUGCAAAGCCCACAGUCAUCAGUGGCACCCGCAGAAAGAAAGUCAAAGUCGUCCACAACAUUGGCACUUUCGAGACCAGUGACUGCAAAACCAGUGAAGACUUCAGAGAUGGCGCCAGCAGUCGUGAGCACGCAAGACAAGGCCGCUGUUAA